GGAACAAAAAUGAUUCCAGUAGAUUCCUCAGGAUGCCUAUAGUCGGGAUAUGUGUAACUGUAUCUCGGUUAGCGCAACUCAGACGGAUGUUUAGGCAGAACGUGAAACGUUUAUUUCCGCCUUCAUUUAUGACUAGAGUAGAGACCAUCCCAUCCUAAAUCAGUCACCGUAUUGCAGUGAUGCAAGCUGCUGCCUUCGAUGAAACUCUAUGAAACUCGUUAACUCUAGGAAACGGUCAUCAGCAGCAGGUUCUCCCAAACCGAAACGUUAACGUUAACGUUAACGUUAACGUUAGCGUUAACUACCUGUUCAGAAAGCAGCCAUUCGUUUCUCACUUCAGAAGAAGUUUCACACGUAAGCGUAUUUUGUUUUCAGGAAGUUCGAUUUACCGUAAAGCUACGGGCCAGUUUGCGCUGUAACUGACAAGAGUGACGUUUAUUUUGCCGUCAUAUUUCACAGGGAAAAAAACCCAUUUGUGCUGAGACAGCCAGCAGAACCGGUCGUGGUUCCGGUAACGGUAGAGGCUAUCAAGGACAACUGUCAGGAAGUUUAUUUAUGCUAACUGCAUCAGCAGUCCAGCAUGUCCGGGAUGACUGCCAGUACAGCAAACUACCUGUGGUCUGUACAAGAUGUCCUCGGGCAAGGGGCUACUGCCAGUGUCUACAAGGCACGCAACAAGAAGUUGGGUGAGCUGGUAGCCGUCAAGGUGUUUAACAUGUUGAGCUACAACCGCCCCCAUGAGGUCCAGAUGAGAGAGUUUGAGAUGCUGAGAAAGCUCAACCACAACAAUAUUGUCAGGCUGUACGCUGUGGAAGAGCUUCCCUCUAAACAGAAGGUGCUGGUGAUGGAGUAUUGUUCAGGAGGAUCUCUUCUCAGCCUGCUCGAAGAGGCAGAAAACGCCUUUGGCCUGCCUGAAACAGAGUUCCUCACAGUUUUGCAGUGUGUAGUGCAGGGGAUGAACCACCUGCGAGAAAAUGGUGUGGUACACCGGGACAUUAAGCCAGGCAACAUCAUGCGGCAGGUUGGGGAGGAUGGCAAGUCUGUUUAUAAGCUGACUGACUUUGGAGCAGCAAGAGAGCUGGAAGAUGAUGAGAAGUUUGUGUCAAUCUACGGAACUGAAGAGUAUCUGCACCCAGACAUGUAUGAACGUGCCGUGCUGCGUAAGCCUCAACAGAAAUCCUAUGGGGUGAGUGUAGACCUGUGGAGUAUUGGUGUGACGUUUUACCACGCUGCCACUGGUAGUCUUCCCUUCACACCGUAUGGAGGACCCCGCAGGAACAAGCCCACCAUGUUCAAAAUGACUACAGAGAAGCCUAUGGGGGCAAUAAGCGGAAUACAGCGGGUGGAGAAUGGGCCUAUAGAGUGGGGCUACCACCUACCUCACAGCUGCCAACUAUCACAGGGUCUGGCGGUGCAGCUGGUUCCAGUACUAGCGGGUAUACUGGAGGCUGACCAGGAGAGGUGUUGGGGUUUUGACCAAUUCUUCACAGCCACCACAGACAUACUGCAGCGGCAGCCAGUUCACAUCUUCUCUCUGCAACAGGCCAUGGCGCAUUGCAUCUACAUAAACCACUAUAACACGGUGUCAGUGUUCUUUGAGGAUGUGGCAUCUCAAACCGGUAUAGGAGUUCAGCUGCAACAUCUGCUGUACCUGGGUCACAACCUCCCUCUGGAGGGCAACAUGAAGGUGGUCAACCUUCCGCGUACUUCACCUGCCCAGCCCCUCAUUCUGCUCAGCUAUGGGCCUGAAGCAAAUACCAGCAUGCCCUUCAGAGAACCAGAGACUCCAGUCAUCCCAUCCAGGUUUGAUGUCGUGGCAGACUACAACUUCUCCAAAGUAAUAGUGGGACAGGUCUACCAGUACUUGAGGAUAGUACAGUUGCUGCACACACACCGAGAGCUGCUGCUGCAAGGAUACUACAGCUACAUGAUGAGGUUGCGCAGGGAGUGUGAAGAAGCAAUGCACAGUAUCGCGAUGAUCACCAUUAGACUGCAGUCUUGCCUCAACGUCGAACACAGGACACACACACUAGGCCAUUACGCUUCAGAAAACCAAGGUUCAGCUGAUAGGCAAAAGCUGCAUCUGGUCCAUGAGCACUUGCCUAUAUACGCUGCCGGAAUCCAAGAGUUUCAGAACCGACUGGACCAUCUGCAGAUAGAACAGGCCAAGCUAGCAGAGACGCUGGCCAAUGACAAGAGCAGUAAGAAGAUGGAGGUGCUGCUGCAGAAGAUAAUGGCAAUUCAUCAGCAUUAUCGUAAAGACAGAUUAACUGGCAAGUUGGCAUAUAACGACGAGCAAAUCCACAAGUUUGAGAAAAUCCACCUGUCGACCCACAUUAAGAGAGUGAAAUCUCUCCUACGAGAGGACUGUGUGCAGAGAUACAAAGAGCUUUUGGCCUCAACGAGGACGUGGAGCAGUGUUUUACUGGAGAUGCAGACCCGACUGCAGGACUUCAGCUCUUUCUCCACAGGCUUGUUGGCAGACCUGGCGAUGAGUGAGCAGCGCCAAAAUAAGGCUCUGGACAGAAUCCUUUUCACUCUGCAGUCCAAGCAAACUGGACAACAGCCUGGAAUCGCACCCAGGGACAAGGACCACAUGGUCUCUAGGAUGCACCAUCUGAAGGAGGAAAUGGAGAUGUUGGUGAGGGAACUACAGUGUAACAACAGCAUUAUUGAGAGUCUGGGAGCAGUGAACCCCGCAGCAGCUCUGGAGCCGAGCUUGGCCAGACCUUCUACACUGUGACAAUAGUGCUGAAUCUUUGCAUCUUAACUCACAAAUCCACACACACUGGCUGCAGCCCAUGCUGUAUGAAGAGGAAGCAGCCAAAGACAAUCAAUACAAUGUGAAUCUACAUGUAGAGAUAAGAUGCACAGAAUGUAGAAGAAGGAAACGCCACUGAUGGAUUUUUAGUCAGUGUGUGUGUGUGGCUGAUGACCGAGUACAGCAGUUCAAUACAAACUUCAUUAAUGCUUUUAGUGUUAUUGUAUUUCUAAUAGGAUGCCACAGUAAUGGACCGUCGGGAUAAAGCUAAAGGAAUGCCAAGGUUGCUAGAGUAUUUUUCUAGGGCCGUGUUUCUUUGUCCCACAGAAGAAGCUCCGCGGAAUCUGGAGAAACUUAAAUACUGACACUGUGUCUCUCUGCCUGUGUACAUCUGUCUGUCUUAUGUGUGUGUGUUUGUUAAAGGAACACGCCGACUUAUUGGGA